CCUCCCUCCUUCUCUCUCUCUCUCUCCCUCCCUCCCUUUCCUCUCAUGAGUGUUACAGGAGGAGGUGUGUAGCCGGUAGUUUCCGUGUGGAGAGAGAGAGAGAGAGAUACAGGCAGCAGAAACAGCAGAGCUGAGCUCGACACAAGCCAGGCACCUCUGCAAGAGAAAUGGAGAGAAAAGAGAGAAUAAAUAAGUAGAAAAGAGGAUAGAGAGAGGACUCUUGAGAGGAGAAGAAUCGUGACAGAAAGCGACUGAGUGAGAGAAAGAGAGGGCGAGAGCGGCAGGGAGAACAGACGACAGAGCAUCCUCUGACAGGAACCUUCUAGAAACCCCACACCGCGUGCAGACACUCCCACUCUCACUCCCAUUCACACUCUUGGCACCGGAGAGCAGCGAGCAGCACCCAGGAGAGGAGGAGGAGGAAGAGGAGAAGGAGGAGGAGGGAGGCUGAGAGAGAUUACAAUGGAGGCAGACGGGGAGGAAGUGGACGCAGCUACGCAUGUGGGAGCCACGGCAACCGGCGGCAGCAGCAGCAGCAGCAGCGGGGGCAUGGGGGUCAUCGUCAACGGCAACAUCAUGGAUGCUUUCACUACGCUCGCCAACAUGAGCGCCGGCCACAACCUCAGCGGCGGAGUCGUCAGCGCCCACGUUGGGGGGGCGUUUGCCGUGGUCGGCAGGACCCACUCGUCCCUCUCGCCCCCCACGCUCAGCCCGUCCAUCCCGCCGUUCGUGAAGCUGGGCCUGACGGUGGCCUACACGGCCUUCUACUCGCUGCUCUUCGCCUUCGUCUACGCGCAGCUCUGGCUGGUGCUGCGCUACCGGCACAAGCGCUUCAGCUACCAGACGGCGUUCCUCUUCCUGUGUCUGCUGUGGGCCGCGCUGCGCGCCGUGCUCUUCUCCUUCUACUUCCGCGACUGCGUCACGGCCAACGCGCUCGGGCCCUUCGCCUUCUGGCUGCUCUACUGCUGCCCCGUCUGCCUGCAGUUCUUCACACUCAGCCUCAUGAACCUGUACUGUGCACAGGUCUUCUUCAAGGCCAAGUCCAAGUUCUCCCCACAGCUGCUCAAGUACAAGAGGCCCCUCUACCUGCUCUUCGUCUUCAUGAGCCUGCUCUUCCUGCUGGUGAACCUGACGUGCGCGCUCCUGGUGAAGAUGACGGACACGCAGGUGAAGACCAUCGUGCUGGUGCGGGUCACCAUCAAUGACACGCUCUUCGUCCUCUGUGCUAUCUCCCUCUCCGUGUGCCUCUACAAGGUGGCCAAGAUGUCCCUCGCCAGCAUCUACCUGGAGUCAAAGGGAACGUCAGUGUGUCAGGUGACUCUGAUAGGGAUCAUGGUGGUCCUCUUGUACGCGUCCAGGGCGUGCUACAACCUGGUGGUCCUGGCCCUGACCGACAUAGAGAGCAUCAACUCCUUCGAUUACGAUUGGUACAAUGUGUCAGACCAGGCAGACCUGAGGUCCACGUUAGGGGAUGCGGGCUACAUCGUGUUCGGGGUGAUCCUGUUCGUCUGGGAGCUGCUGCCCACCUCUCUAGUAGUCUAUUACUUCAGGGUCCGCAAACCCACCCAGGACAAGAGUAGUCACUCGUCCAUUCCUAGCCAUGCGUUCUCCAACAGACGCUACUUCUUCGACAACCCCAGACGCUACGACAGCGACGACGACCUGGCAUGGAGCAUCCUACCCCAGAGCACCUCUACCAGCAUGUCCACAGACUGCUAUGACUGGAGCAGCCGCGGCAGCAGCAGUUUCCUGGUGAACGUCGUGAGCGAGGAGCGACGGUCGUCCGCUUCAGCCGGCCAGUUCAACCCUUAGCGACUGUCGAGUGUCAUUGUCGCUCAGCGCUGAGAUGAGACGUCGACACGUUGCUGUUCCCUACACUGCAUUCAUAGGACCAUAGACACUGUGUUCCUCUACGGUGCAUCGACAUAUUUUAAAUAGCUGUAACUAUAGCCACGGGUGAUAACGGACUGUAAUGUGUGGAACGCCUUAAAUGUGGGGACGCUGCUGGGUGGGCCGGAUGAAGAGAAAGACCCCUGAUUGGGCCAAAGCCAUGUCCAUCAUGUAGACCUUUGACUUCUAUAGGCUGUGGCUGCUGAUUGGUCAGAUUUAGUAUGAUUCGCAGGAUGUUAGGGGUGGGUAAGUGGUGCCUAUGGCUCCUGCUUGGUGAUAUUUCUGACCAAGGGCGUGACUGGAGAGAUAUGACAGGCGCCAUCCUGGUCACUUUUCGAGGCAUCUCAGAUGACUUUGUGUUACAUAUAGUUAUCAAUUUGCCACACACUUUUUUUUUUAUUAUCAAAAGCAACCCGCAGUACAGUACAGGUGUAUAUAUGCUUUUGUUCCCAGUAUGUGAGUUCCCUGGGAAUCAGACUCCUGACUGGUGUAGUCUCUGCUCUGCCAGUGGGGCUCCAGAGACAGAGAGAUGGUGUGAACAGAUAGAGACCGUGAUGCCCAGUGUCUCACAGCAUCUGCAUGCAUUCAUCCAGGGAUUACAACAGAACUGAAUAGGACUGCAGGAUAUAAGACGGUACACUAGUGCGAAGAGGCCUCCAAAACAGCAGAGGUCUGCUUUACUUCACUCCCCCCAAUAGUGAGGUGUAAAAGUUCGUAUAUGCUUUUUUUUUUUUUUUUAAGGGCAAGUCAGAUAUUACGGUCAAGGUUAUUAAGGUCAAGUCAGAGAUACUUUGACGUCCUCUUUCACAGACCUGAUACAAGUAUUCUUUUCUGUGAUCCAACGUUGAGUACAGUGAGACUGAUCAGUGGUCAGGCCACUCUGGGCAGGAGGUGACCGAAGCUCUCCAUGAAUGCGGUUCUCUCAAGAACUACGAAGGUUCUGCGGGUAAACUAGGGCGUGAUAAAGACAUCGUCAUACUAUUGAGUAUGCCUACGAAGCGACAACAUCGCCAUACUAUUGAGUAUGCCGACGAAGUGACGACAUCACAUUUGCUUUGAGUAUUACCAAGUCAGCAGCGGUGUGGUUUGUCUUGAAUCAUGAUUGUGAAAGAGUUUUAUAUUUUAAAUGAAUAUGAAAUAUAUUUUUAUGUUUCGAGACGUCUGAACUGGAGCAUAUAGUGAUGCACAAUGCACAGUAGUUUUAGCUACUUAAAGCACAUUUGUGACCGCGUUAAGUGUUGUGAAUGUUUACUCAUACUAUUUAUGAACUGUGAAAU